AUGAGAAGGAACAGCGGCAUGAGUAUAAACUGUCGGGCAUCCGCGAGGACCUCCUGCAGUUUGUGCUCGUGCAGCUUUUUGUUUCUCUGCUUUCUGCACGUGGGGCAAGUGCCACGCGCGCCUGGACAGGGUGCUGAAGAAGAGGCCCGACGUGAACUCCAAGGGCGACGAUGGCCGCACGCCGCUCCACCACGCCGCAGCAGCCGGUUCUGCCGGCUUCUGCAGGAAGCUCCUCGAGGCAAGGGCCGACCCCAACGUGCCGGCCACGGCUGCGCUGCAGACGCCCCUGGACCUGGUGGUUGCCCACAUCUCGAGCACCACGAGGCCUACGACCGCCGUAUGAACAGCUUCGAGCAGGUGAACCGCCUCGACGACUGCUCGCUGGCGGUGCGCCCCGACCUCGGCGCCUUCCGGGAGGUCCGCCGGGUGCUGGAGGAGGCCGGCGGCGUGCGCUGCGGUGCCUGGGGCGAGGAUCCGGCCAUCAGGCCCGACGGCUCCAUCGGCGGCGGCCCGGCGUCGGCACUCCGCGCCUACGAGCCCGGCGAGGCUGGGUCCAACACACCGGCCGGCCUUCUCAGAACUGGCAAGUACGACUUGGUCAAGUACGAGGACGGUCUCUUGGUCGAGGCGGAGUACGAUCCCAAGACGGGCCUGGCCGUGUGA